AUCUGAUCAUGUCUCACUCAGGUGCUCAAGGCAGCAUUGGCAGCCACUCUGCCAUAGGAGUGCGCAACCACAAGAUAUACCUCUAUGAAUAUGAGAACUUCCAAGGCCGUAGGAUGGACCUGUUCGGAGAGAACCGUAACCUGUGUGAGAAAGGUUUUGAAAGAAUUGGCUCCAUCAGGGUGGAGUGUGGACCCUGGGUGGGUUUUGAGCAGCAGAACAUGACUGGUGAGAUGUUCAUGCUGGAGAAGGGAGAGUACCCCCGCUGGGACACCUGGUCCAACAGCUACAGGUGUGACCGUUUCAUGUCCGUCAGGCCCGUCCGAAUGGACCCCCAGGACCACAAGAUUUGCCUGUAUGAAUGUCCAAACUUCGAGGGUCGUAAGAUGGAGGUAUGCGACGAGGAUAUUCCCAGCCUGUGGUCUUACGGUUUCCAGGACCGUGUUGCCAGCAUUCAGGUCACUGGUGGAACCUGGGUGGGCUACCAGUACCCUGGCUACCGCGGCUUUCAGUACGUGUUUGAAAUGGGCCCUUUCAAGCACUGGAAUGAGUGGGGAGCCCACCACCCCCAGAUCCAGUCCAUCCGCAGGGUGAGAGACAUGCAGACGCACCGCAGGGGCUGCUUCGAGAUGACCGCAUAGAGGGGAGUCCAGCAGAUUGUGGGCUAACAGGAGGGAAUAGCAAGGGGUCUGGCUUGCCAUGCUGCUAACCAUCCCUUGGAAAUUCCUGAAUAGCCACUUAGCCACACAAGCUAACGGCUUUUGAAUAUUGUUAUUGCUUUUACUGGUAGGAUUUGGGAGUAUGUGCCAUCGUGAAUGAUUCUGAAUGGGAUGAGAAGUUCUGAGUGUCACAGACUUCCAGAGUUACUGUAACACUGGUAAAAACAGUAGCAAUGCUCUCUGUCUACAGACCUCAUAGAAAGAUUAUAUGAUUUAUCAUAUUUAUGAAAGGGGGAACAUAGGAGAUUAGUAGAUUUAAGUUAAUAGUUUGUGUUUAGUAGUUUGUUUCAAUGCUACUUGCAACCAUACCUACAAACCUUUGAUUUUAUUUUUAUUUUUAUUUACUGGCCUAUGUGUUUCAAGCUGAAAUGAUGCCAAUAAGCCUGUUCAUCAAAGCGCUCUGCCUCUCCUGUGAUCCACAGAUUUUAGAGAGUAUAGGGAUAGACCAUCAUAUCACACCUCACAAUGUACUACCUUGGACAGCUCUCAG